AUGGAUGAGAAUGGCGCUUCUCAGAUUAUAGGGGCCCUGGAAGUUAUUUAUUCAGCGAAAUCGGACAAUGCCAGACGGUUGGAAGCCCAGAAGUUUCUGGAUGAGGUAAAAGUGCGGGAGGAAUCGCCUCUUUGGGGCUACGAAAUCGCCUUAAAUAACCCUGGAAACUCUAUACUGAAACACUUCGGUCUCGGUUUACUCGCGUAUGCAAUACAGCGGAAAUGGGGUGAUUACACACCAGACAAAAAAGUUGCGCUGCGCAAAUGGGUGGUAGAACUGAAUUGUUGUGUCCAGAACAGUGACCCUCGCUACAUCAAGGAAAAGCUCGCGUUUCUAUGGGUAGAAAUAGCCAAGCGUGUAUGGGGUGAAGCGCUCAAGGAAGACAAUCCAACUGAUGAGACUUUACAGGAAUCAUGGGCCGAUAUGGACAACAACUUGUCGGAAUUGUGGCACCUUAACGAGUCCGCUAGAGAAUUGACCCUCAUUAUCUUUAGAACAUUGUUCGAAGACGUUUUUUUACUAGAGGACCUGACUGUGCUUAAAAGAAUAUCAGUCAUCCAACCCUUAUGCGUCAUGGUAAUAAGUCCCAUGGAUGUCUUUGCCGCCAGAUACAGAUUCACUGACAAAUGGACUCUUUUCAAGAGCAACGGGGACGGCUGGUUCGAACUUUGGGUUUCAGAACUUCGAGGAGCACUAACGUCCGGUAAUACUGUGUACGUUGUAAGGCUCUUGGAAACUCUAAAGACGUGUUUAAACUGGCCAUUGAGUGAAAUUAUGAUCCGUAACGACGUUUGUGGGCUAUUACUGGAAUGCCUUUUGAGUAACAUACCCAAAGCCCAAUCAAUGGCUUUAGACUCUUUGCAUAUUUUGUUGACCCGUCCAUAUAACGAUGAUUCGCAUUAUCAAACCGUGAUCAACAAAGUCUUUAGCAGUAUGGACCUGCUAGAUAAAGUUUACGAUAAUUUGCUAUUUGAUCCCAAUGAUAUUGACGAAUCAAAGUACCCGAUUGUCAAGAAAUUCGUUGACAUGGUAAGCUGUCUAUACACCUGUGUUUUCAAAAUUGAUGAAGACGAGGUUAUCAUACAGAAGUAUUUGAGGCUUGUCCUCAGGACGACUUUUAAUCCAAGUCUAAUUGUUAGCGGAUUGACUUUGGAUUUAUGGUGUUCUUGUCUGCGAAACGACGACUUCUUGCCCGCAUUAGAAAAAACUAUAAUACCCGAACUUUUGCAAUUUUCAGCAGACGCUUUAAUCUACUAUGAGCAAAUUGAGGGCCAUGUUUCCAAAAAAUUCGCUGACAUAGAUUUUCAAUCUACUUCCGAAUUUCAAUCUUUUUGUUCUACUUAUAGAAAAAGGAUUAGAGAUAUAAUUCGACUAAUUUCUUGCGUUCAGUUAGACUUCGCGUAUGAUUGGCUGAACGCAAGGCUAAAUGCAUUUUUCAGUUCUCCAUUUGGGCAGCAGGUUCUGAACUCGCAAUUCUUAGACCACAAAACUGAACCAUAUCUUAGCGCAUUAUCCCAGCUAAUGGUGGUUGAAUGUUUCAUUAAUGGUUGCAUACGAUGGAAAAUCUGGUACCCCGACAGUCCUGCCUACAACGAUAAACUAAACGACAUUUUAACUAAGAUUGAGACUCUUUCGGAUCAACUGAUUGCUCUAACCUUGAGGGAGCCUUUGCUGCUUAAGAAACAAAUUCAGAAUUUUGCACUGUUUUUAACAAUGCUUAAAGAUAAUGUUCUUCUUAAGCUGCUUGAAAAAAUUAUAACCAGUGCUACCUUAGAGUACCCUAAUGUAGACUUGGAUGAAAAAAACGAACAAUCCGAUGCUGUUAGGGAUCUGAGAUAUGCCUGUGGUAUUGAGCUAAACAGGAUGGCUAUUUUAAUGCCGGACUCUCUCAGCAAAAUUUUCAACGAAUUACAAAAUGUUGUUGCAGGUAUAAUGCCAAGACUCUCAUAUCACGAAAAGAUUUCAUUCAAGUCUUUUCUAUUGACGAUUGUAUUAAAAUCUUCACUGGGUGAGAAAGAGGAGAGAUUCACCUCUAUCGUCGAUCCCGAAUUGACAGCUUGGUCUGACAAGGAAACCGUAGUUGGAUUGACUGAUUUGCCAUGGUUCAUGGAAAGACUAGGAAUUGUCCAAAUAUCUGAGUAUUUUCAAAAGAGGGGUUUCAACGGAAACGACGAUCUUUUGUCCAUUCCAAUCGACGAAGAAGGCAAACAAUUAAAGACUCAUCUAUCAAAGCGGUGGCAAACUUUGUUCCCCGUGCGAGCGACCAGAAUGUUCGUACAUUACUCGAUGCAAAGCAUAAAAAACGACGCAGAGUUCGAAGUACUUCAAUCCCUUUGGAAACCCCGCGUUGUACCCAUUUUACCUUACAUCAUGCGAUUAUUGUAUCAAUUGCAAUCGUAUCACGAUCCUGAGAAUUGGAAAGAGCUGCCAAUCGUAGUCCAGUCGUUUGUCAAAUGUUCCACAGUCGAACGCUUCUGGGAAGCAGGCGCUUCCAACAAGUCGAAAGAUGAAUUUAUUGAUGAGCACAUGAAGGCGAUGCAGACUUUGCGAGACUUUGCAGAUUCGGUUGGCCAUAUUGUAAGGUACACGAGAGAAUACGUAUUGUUGGUGAUAAGCGCUAUGUCAAGUUUUGGGAGUAUAUUUUACGACAUUGAUGAGUUGCCUCAAAUGCUGAUGGAUUCCAUCGCAAUAUACAAACCUUCUCGUAGAGAAAUAAGUCCAGGAGUAUCGACUCAUGGCUGGAAGCAUAUUAUAAAUGUAGCAAUUCGACCAUUGCUGAAGAACUGUCCACCUCAAUGCUCCAAAAAAUUCAUGACUGCAUUCUUACCCAAGCUUUUUGAUACUUUGGACGUGCUUUUGUGCCAAAAGUGGUCUGUUUACAUGAACGAUAUUGAUGUAAAUCCUCCACCGAGGGAUGAUGACGAGAUGACAGAAGAGAUUCUUGAGGAGAAUCUUCUUAGACAACUUACCACAGUGGUUGUCAGGCUUUUGAUCGAUUGCGUGGGCCAAGUCGGCACCAACUCCCAGGCUUCAAAAAUGAAGCUCAACUCGCAUCAGAUAGAAAUGAGAAAGAUCAUAUUUGGCAACACAGAAGUAAUGAACUCUUUUCUUCGACUUUUGAACCACUUGAUGUCUUUCAGAGACAGCAAAUGCUCCUUUAACUCGAUAUUGGUGAUGAAGAGCUGUCUGGUAGAUACUUUGAUCAAAACUGAAGCCACUGACCAGUUUUUCACGAUGGAAAUAAUGCCAAAUCUUUUGCUGAACGUAUUGACUCAAAACGCAUUCAAGGACUCACUUUAUGAGGGACUUUACGUCUUUACUGUUAUCUUCUUAACUCUUUGCAAGGAAUACAAAAGUUCAAGAGACUUUCUGUGUCAGUUGUCGCAGGGUUUUGAUGUGGAAGCGCUAUAUGAGAAUGUGAGAAGUGUAGAAAACUACAAGAAUCAAAGAGCUCUGAUGGUGGAGUUCAUCGACUGGAUUAAAACCGUUAACGGUCAAGGUACCGAAGAACAGGAUGAGGAUGACAAGAAAAGGCAAGAGAAAAGACAGGCGAUCUUGGAGCGUGCUAACGAGAGACUUAUCAAGCAAAACAAGGAGCAGAAGGAUUUGCUGGAUGAUCCCAAUACAGAAGAUGGGGCUUUUGGUUCAUUGUUUCAAUAA